AUGUUCAUUUUGAUCAGGUUCCGUUUUCCCGCAAUCUUGCGUGACGUCACGUGUCACGGUGGCAUGCUCACCAAGCCAUUGCACGGUUUCAUUGACAGCAAGCGGCUCUUCCUGUCCGCCACACUCUUCGUCUGAUUUGUCCUGAAGCUGAGGACUGCUGCAAAUUUAGCAAUGGCUUCAGCAUACUAUGAGUUUUACCGAGGGUCAUCAAUUGGAAUGGCCCUGACAGACUCGCUGGACGAGCUUAUCACGAGCGGUGCCAUCACACCGCAAUUGGCUAUGAAAGUCCUCCAACAGUUUGACAAGUCGCUUGCGGAUACGAUGGUGAAGCAGGUGAAAACGAAGACUACGCUCAAGGGCAACCUUCGGACAUACCGGUUAUGCGAUGAUGUGUGGACGUUUAUCGUGAAGAACCCGUCGUUCAAGAUGGAGUCGAACGAGAUGGUUUCAGCGCCUCGCAUAAAAAUAAUCGCAUGCAAAAAUGGAGAUGCUAUUGAAGCGGGAAAGAAGUGAAAAAAAACCGGUUCCUAGGGCGUAUUUGAUUGCUCGAGCCACUUUCUACUCUUAUGGCAGUAUCUCCAUUACAAUGUUGUACUACCUUUCCACGCUUGUUGGGUUUCUCACUGGUGUCAAUGGAUAGAUAAGCAAAAUAUUAUAUAUAUUAGUUUCUCGAGUUCAAGUCUUGAUCGACUGGAUUAUUAU